UACAAAGGUCGGGACAGCAGGUUUAUAGAUAGAUCUUUGGUCCUUCGUUUCAGUAGCAGGUGAUCAAAAGGCAAUCUUGUUCCAAACACUGAGCUGCCAACACGAAGACGCACCAUGUUCAGGAUUUCUCUAAUCGUCUGUGUUUCGCUGAUACUUGGCAUCACAGCAAAGCCUUGGAAUAAACUUUCAGAUGAAGUCUUCCAGAAAGCUGUCAUGUCUAUAGAUGAGAGAGGUAGGCCAGCCUGGGCAGUGGCAGUUGAGCCUCCUGAGGAUAUGGAUAGGACCCACUAUGAUAUUGACCCCAACAUGAAGAUCUGGAAGAGUAUGAGAGGCAGCGGACAGGAGAAAAAAUAUCUGAAGGCUGAGGAAGACUUGGAUGAGCUGUACCAUCCCUCAACGGGUAAUCUCCUCCGAGGUCGAAACCAAAACUUGGAUGUCCCCCCUGUUGUCCAGGCUGAGCCGGUGAUACCUCAGAUGGCGGUUAAAAUUCAGGCCAGGGUUCACCUUGAGCCUGAGGAGGACAUGGAUGCUGUGUACCACAAAGAACCAGUCAGGCCGGUCUUUCACCAGGACAACAUCAGAGCUGCCUAUCCUGUCAAUUUUCCACCUCAGAAGCACACUGAGCCAGAGGAAGAUUUGGAUAUGAUCUACCAUCGCUGAUCUUCCAACAACUCAGCUCUUUAUCAUUUAAGUUCAUGUAGCUGCAACUGAGUAAAAAGAAAAUAAUCAAGAGCUUCAUUUGAUUCAAUUACACUGCCUUAAAGCUUCACUAAGCAAGAACACCUAAAUCUGUGUCGCUCAUAUGCAUCUUGAUGAUAAAGAUACUGUAAACACUC